AUGCAGCACUGGGCCCGGCGCCUAGAGCAGGAGAUCGAUGGUGUGAUGCGGAUCUUUGGAGGUGUUCAGCAGCUCCGUGAGAUCUACAAGGACAACCGGAACCUGUUUGAGGUGCAAGAGAAUGAGCCUCAGAAGCUGGUGGAGAAGGUGGCAGGGGACAUUGAGAGCCUAUUGGACAGAAAAGUGCAGGCCCUGAAGAGACUGGCUGAUGCUGCAGAGACCUUCCAGAAAGCCCACCGUUGGCAGGAUAAUAUCAAGGAGGAAGACAUCAUAUACUAUGAUGCCAAGGCUGAUGCUGAGCUGGAUGACCCUGAGAGUGAGGACGUGGAGAGAGGGUCCAAGAGCAGCAGCCUAAGGCUGGACUUCAUCGAGGACCCAAACUUCAAGAACAAAGUCAACUAUUCAUACACGGCUGUGCAGAUACCCACAGACAUCUACAAAGGCUCCACUGUCAUCCUCAAUGAGCUCAACUGGACAGAAGCCCUGGAGAAUGUGUUCAUCGAGAACCGCAGGCAGGACCCUACACUGCUGUGGCAGGUCUUCGGCAGCGCCACCGGAGUCACCCGAUACUAUCCAGCCACCUCCUGGCGAGCCCCCAAGAAGAUUGACCUGUAUGACGUCCGCAGGAGACCCUGGUAUAUCCAGGGGGCCUCGUCACCUAAGGACAUGGUCAUCAUCGUGGACGUGAGUGGCAGUGUGAGUGGCCUGACACUGAAGCUGAUGAAGACGUCUGUCUGUGAGAUGCUGGACACUCUCUCUGAUGACGACUAUGUGAACGUGGCCUCGUUCAACGAAAAGGCACAGCCCGUGUCUUGCUUCACACACCUGGUGCAGGCCAAUGUGCGUAACAAGAAGGUGUUCAAGGAAGCCGUGCAGGGCAUGGUAGCCAAGGGCACCACGGGCUACAAGGCUGGCUUUGAGUAUGCCUUUGACCAGCUGCAGAACUCCAACAUCACCCGGGCCAACUGCAACAAGAUGAUCAUGAUGUUCACGGAUGGUGGUGAGGACCGUGUACAGGAUGUCUUCGAGAAGUACAACUGGCCCAAUCGGACGGUACGUGUCUUCACCUUCUCUGUGGGGCAGCAUAACUAUGAUGUCACUCCGCUUCAGUGGAUGGCCUGCACUAACAAAGGUUACUAUUUUGAGAUUCCUUCCAUCGGAGCCAUCCGCAUCAACACACAGGAAUAUCUCGACGUGUUGGGCAGGCCCAUGGUGCUGGCUGGCAAGGAGGCCAAGCAGGUGCAGUGGACCAACGUGUAUGAGGAUGCACUGGGGCUGGGGUUGGUGGUAACAGGAACCCUCCCUGUUUUCAACCUGACACAAGAUGGUCCUGGGGAAAAGAAGAACCAGCUGAUCCUGGGUGUGAUGGGCAUUGAUGUGGCUCUGAGUGACAUCAAGAGGCUGACUCCCAACUACACGCUUGGAGCCAAUGGCUACGUGUUUGCAAUUGAUCUGAAUGGUUACGUGUUGCUGCACCCCAAUCUCAAGCCCCAGACCACUAACUUCCGGGAGCCCGUAACUCUGGACUUUCUGGAUGCAGAGCUGGAGGAUGAGAAUAAGGAGGAGAUACGGCGGAGCAUGAUUGAUGGCAACAAGGGCCACAAGCAGAUCAGAACACUGGUCAAAUCUUUGGAUGAGAGGUACAUAGAUGAGGUGAUUCGGAACUACACCUGGGUGCCUAUAAGGAGCACCAACUACAGCCUGGGGCUAGUGCUCCCACCCUAUAGCACCUUCUACCUCCAAGCUAACCUCAGCGACCAGAUUCUGCAGGUCAAGUAUUUUGAGUUCCUGCUCCCCAGCAGCUUUGAGUCUGAAGGACAUGUUUUCAUUGCUCCCAGAGAGUAUUGCAAGGAUCUGAAUGCCUCAGACAACAACACCGAGUUCCUGAAAAACUUCAUUGAACUCAUGGAGAAAGUGACUCCAGACUCCAAGCAGUGCAACAACUUCCUUCUGCACAACCUGAUCUUGGACACAGGCAUUACACAACAACUGGUGGAACGUGUGUGGCGGGACCAGGAUCUCAACACGUACAGCCUGCUGGCCGUGUUUGCUGCCACUGAUGGUGGCAUCACACGUGUCUUCCCCAACAAGGCAGCUGAGGACUGGACAGAGAACCCUGAACCCUUCAAUGCAAGCUUCUACCGCCGCAGCCUGGAUAACCACGGUUAUAUCUUCAAGCCCCCACAUCAGGACACCUUGUUAAGGCCCCUGGAACUGGAGAACGACACAGUGGGCGUCCUUGUCAGCACGGCUGUGGAGCUCAGCCUAAGUGGGCGCACACUGAGGCCAGCAGUGGUGGGCGUCAAGCUGGACCUAGAGGCUUGGGCUGAGAAGUUCAAGGUGCUUGCCAGUAACCGUACCCACCAGGACCAGCCUCAGAAGCAGUGUGGCCCCAACAGCCAUUGUGAGAUGGACUGUGAGGUUAACAAUGAGGACCUACUUUGUGUCCUCAUUGAUGAUGGGGGGUUCCUGGUGCUAUCAAACCAGAACCAUCAAUGGGAACAGGUUGGCAGGUUCUUCAGUGAGGUAGAUGCCAACCUGAUGCUGGCACUGUACAACAACUCCUUCUACACCCGUAAGGAGUCUUAUGACUAUCAGGCAGCCUGUGCCCCCCAGCCCCCUGGUAACUUGGGUGCUGCACCCCGGGGUGUCUUUGUGCCCACCAUUGCAGACUUCCUUAACCUGGCCUGGUGGACCUCAGCUGCCGCCUGGUCUUUGUUCCAGCAGCUGCUCUACGGCCUAGUCUACCACAGCUGGUUCCAGGCGGACCCGGCGGAGGCCGAAGGGAGCCCUGAGACGCGUGAGAGCAGCUGUGUCAUGAAACAAACCCAGUACUACUUCGGCUCAGUGAACGCCUCCUAUAACGCUAUCAUCGACUGCGGAAAUUGCUCCAGACUGUUCCACGCGCAGAGGCUGACCAACACCAACCUGCUCUUCGUGGUGGCGGAGAAGCCGCUGUGCAGCCAGUGCGAGGCCGGCCGGCUGCUACAAAAGGAGACACACUCGGACGGCCCGGAGCAGUGUGAGCUGGUGCAGAGACCGCGCUACCGGAGAGGCCCGCACAUCUGCUUUGACUACAACGCAACGGAAGAUACCUCAGACUGUGGCCGCGGAGCCUCCUUCCCUCCGUCGCUUGGCGUCCUCGUCUCCUUGCAGCUGCUGCUGCUCCUGGGCCUGCCGCCUCGGCCGCAGCCUCAAGUCCAUGCCCGCGCCGCCUCUCAUCGCCUCUGAGCGGCCCGCCCUGCCCCCGCCCUGGCCUCCUAGCCCCGCCCCGCCCCCUCCGCCUGAGAACCCCAUACCUCCCUCAGUGAAGGACUUGAGCUGGGUCGGGGGAGCGUCCCAAAGGAGGACGCCAGGCUUUGGCACCUAGGACCUGCCUCACUGCUGAACCAUCCAGGUGUCCCCAAAUCCUGGACUCCAGCGGCUCGGACUGGGAGGCUACCUGUACUGGUGCCAAACCAAGCCUCCCCUGCCCCGUCCCACCUGGAGACUUCCACCCUGGCUGGAUUUCUCCAAUCUGGCCCCUCUGCCCCACCCAGGCCAAAUCUUUUUUCCCUGGGAAUAAUGGAGGAAGGUGAGAUGGCAGCUUAAGCUGAAGUCCUAGUCGGGGAGAAGUUCUGGGGCGCCCCCCACCAUGUACUCCUGCCCCUUUGAGGCCUACAACCCUCAGUCCCCCACCUGCAGGUGUCAGGACAGUCUCACAGUGACAUCAGUUUAGACACAACCCCACACACACACCUGGAACCCAGAGAGUAGAAGCUAGCUGUAGCCUAGAGGGCAGACAGACAUAGACACACACAGGGCAGGGGGCUCAAAACCGCCUUACACAGGGUGAGGAGUUGGUUGAAGGGUUGGCAGCUGCACACUCCAUCUCCUACUCACCACCUGCCUCAAAUGUGAGCUGCAGUCAGCCAGUCCUCCCAUCGCAAAAGCUGAAUGUCAAACAGUGCCAAAUGCUAGGGCAGGGGGGAAGACUCCUCUGUCCCACCCCAAGCCACCAGUGUCAAGUGCCCCUCACCUUACCAGGUGCUCAUUGUAACCAUUUCUCACUAGUGUCAGGCCCCCAGAGGGAGCACAUGCCACUGCCUACA